UGUGACUGUGUGUGAGCGUGUGUCGUGGUGCUGGUGCUGUGCCAUGUGCUGCUGACGCCAUGGGGCUCGGGCCGGACCCGCUCGACUCUCCCCUCGCGGCGCCCUCGCCGCCCCCGGGGGGGUCCGGGCCGCCGCAGGCCCACGCCCCCUCGGGGCCGACGCCGCCGCCGCGCCACAUCCCGCACUCCACCCUGGACCGCAUCCGCGGCAUCCUCGUGUCGUCGCUGCCGCGGGAGAACCUGGGCACGCACGACGACGGCCUGCACGUUGACGACGACGACGAUGAUGACGACUACCUGCUGGGCCCGCCGCCCGUGGCUCCCGCCAGGAGGGUCACCUUCCGAGACACCAUAGCCGGGGCGACGUCAGAUGCCCUGAACCAACGGCCGGGAUCAGCAACCGGGGGAAAACCUCUCGCCGCUAAGCCAGGGAGGCGCGAUCCCAACAGCCAGACUCUGCACUGGUUCGCGCACGUUGGGCCGGACGGCGACAAGCAAAACAUACAAGUGGCAGUGCAGGAACAAGCAAAUCACAAUGCACUUCCAGGUGGUAAAGAAAAUGCAGCAUUGCAGCGGGAAAGAGAAGAACGUCUCCGUGUUCUUCGUGAUAAACAAAAUGAGGAGAGGCAACGGAAAUUAGAGGAGCUCAAGCAACAGGCUCUAGCUGCCCAAAAGUUUCGAGAGCAAAAAGAAGAGGAACGGAGACGAAGAAUAGAGGAUAUGAGACAGAGAGAUGGAGAUCGACGACACCAAGUUGAAGAACGAAAAAGACAAAUAAUAGAAGCAGAACAAGAAAGGAGAACAGCUAUAUUAAGAAAAAAUCAAGAAAGAGAAGCUAGAAUCGAAAUGAAACGAAAGAACGAGCGGAGUUCCAUAGUGUUUGCUUUUGGAAGUUCAACACCUCGAAUGCUAGAACCUGCUGACACAGGUGGUUCCUAUUGGGCUACUCGCCGAGCAACAUCAACUACCACUCUGUUUAGUGGAGCGCCACUUACCUUAACCAGGCGUGGAUCAGAGCGAGAACUUGAUGGCAGUAAGAAGCGAGCUACAUCUGCAUCUGGAUUAGACCGAAAGCCAGACAUUCAUGAUGUUUUGACUUGGGUGGAACCUCUUCAACACCCCAAUUCUAUAGAAAUUAGGGCCCAAAUAUGCUCUCUACCUAAUGGUGGUGGUGUGCCUGGCGGGGCAGUCACUGGCCUCCCGCACCACCACGACGACGACCAGGGCGCCGUCUCCCCGGACGGUGUGGGCUCCGGCUACAUGACCCCCCGCAGCGCGACGGCGGCGCGGCGCAAGACGGACCUCAUUCCGACCAUCCCUUCGCCGCGCGAGGGCCGCGACCAGGGGCCGCCGUCCUCCCGUCAGAGCCGCAGGCCCUCUGGUAAUGCCCCGAACAGAGCGUACUCCAUGUCGCGGCUCGACCAGCUCUCCCAGCCGCGCAAGCUGCUGCUGCCGCGGCCCGGUGCCGCCAGUCCCGGCGCUGGCCCCGCCGCUCCCGAGCGCCCCGAGCGGCGGCGGGCCGGGGGCGGUGCCGGCGCCAAGGGCACCCUUAGCUCGGCCAAGUCCAUGGGCCACCUGGCCGGCGGCCGCCUGUCGGUGGCGGGGGCGGGGGCGGGGCCCAGCGCCGGCGGCAGCAGGAGUGCUGCGCUUGCGCGCACCGACACCUCCCGCAGCAUGACCCAACUGUGCGUAAGCAGCUUGAGCAGCCUCAGCCCGGUGCCGCCGCCCAGGAUGACCCGCGCAGAGCGGCUGCGGCGGCGCGCCCGCGAGCAGGCCGUCAAGAGCCAGCCCCUCGACACGGGCACGGCCGGGCAGGCCCUGCAGGCGCAGCCGGCCCAGCAGCAAGGCUUACGGUCAGGAGAGACAACCCCCUCAAGGCCUUUGAGUGCCAUGAGCCAACAGUCCAUGAGCAGCGUCAGCUCUUCAAUAGGUGCUCCUAUGCGUAGCAAACCAGUGGCGGCACCCAGAAGACCGCGACCUGCUAGUAUCGCCGUUACCGGAGUAACAGUGGAUCCACCACCAAGGCACAGUUUAAGCUCUGAACACAAGAGGCAGGCGGCGGCCUCAGCAGCUGCAGCCGUAGUCACCAAUGGCGCCGGAGAGAAGCCUCCCGUUCCAAGACAUGGUAGUAGUUCAAGAAAAACUAGCUCAGAUCGAAUGUCUGCCAGCAUGUAUGGUGCCAUUCCGUGCUCUGAUAGCACCUCUAAUCCGCCCAAAAAGCCUCCAAAGACUGUCAAGGCAUCUCCACGCCCUACUCCUAAGGCAACUCCUCUUCAGUCACCAAGAACUGAUAAUGCCCCCACACUGCCUCAAGAUUCUACCCCCAACCAAACUAAAGCACCCGAGCCUCCUCUCAAAGCUGCCCCAUUGAGCAAUGACAGUGUACCUAUUCCAGCACCAUCUCUUGUGUCAUUACCAGUUGCUACUACUAUUCAGACAUCUCUGGCACCCACUGAGAUGAGCACAGUCCAGGUUCAAGAAGCAUCCACACCUGUGCCUGAACCUUCUGCACAAUCGAUGUUGUCUGCAGAGCUCACAUUCCACCAAAUGGAGCAACAGCAUCAAGAGCAAAUCUGGGAAGCUCAAAGACAAAUUGAUGUUUCCCCAGUGUCUGCGAUAUCUGCCCCAAUUUCAAAUGAUACGUCUUUAUCAGAGGCAGUGGACAUGACUGCUUCUAUGAUCGCUAAACAGCGUAUAACUACUGAAGAAGAGGCUAAGGCUGCUCUUGCUGAGAGACGACGCCUAGCUCGAGAGCAAGCAGAGAGAGAGGCUGAACUUGAAAGACAACGCUUAGAAGCAGAACGCUUAGCUGAAGAAGAAAGAUUAAGACAAGAGGAGGAGGAGCAAAGACGAUUUGAAGAAGAGCAGGAGAGGUUGGCAGCAGAAGCUCGUAAGUCUGAAGAGCAACGACUACUACAAGCUAUUCAGGAAGCUCAAAAGAGAGAAGAGGAAGAAAGGAAAAGAAGGGAGGAGGAGGCUCAACAAAAAGCAGAGAAGGAAGAAGCAGAAAAAAAGGCAAAGGAAGAGGCAGAAAAGCAAAGAAAAGAAAUGGAGUUAAAGCUGAAACGAGAAGAAGAAGAGCGCAUGGAGCGACGUAAGAGGGUGGAAGCUAUUAUGUUGCGCACCCGUGGUAAAGGGACCACACCUACCUCAACUCCUACAAGGGAGAAUGGUGAUUUAAAUCAAAUAGAAAAUGAGGAGCCACAGCCUGCAGAAACCAUUGAAGACACAAAAUCUGUUACCUCAGCCACAACUUCUAGUCAAAGCAAUGGUCAUAGCAAUGGUGUUGACAGCAUAAAACAGAAUAAUGCAGCAAAUGUGCUGUUAGACCUUUCUGAGCACAAUUCUGUGAGCAGUAGUGAUCUUUUGGGUCCCCUGGCUAAUGAAGACUGCAUUAACUCCAAUAUUAAUGCAAACAAUGGACUCAGCAAUGGGCCUCCACCUCUCAUUGCUGCAUUCAACGAUUCCACUCUCAGCAAGAAACAGGAUUCAAAUGUUGUUACAGAUUUGUUAUCAUAAGCUAUAGAGAAUAGAUCAAUUUAAAGCAGCAAAGAAGGCUUGAGUGUGAUGAGCACGAAGUGACCCUUUGAAAGUGAAAGUGUGUGCAUGAAUUUGUGUGUAACCUGAAGACUGCUGAUUGUGUGAAUGAUGUUACAUGUGUAUGUGUGUCUGACACCAUUGUGUUUAAUAGUACAUAUAAAUUUGAACAAUGGUGCUAAGCAAAGUUGUGGAGCAGUUGGCAGCUAUUGAUACCUCCAGUGCGCUGUGGUGUGUUGUGACUAGCAAGUUUCCAGCAAAGUUUUUCCACCAUCUUCAUCAGCUUGCUCCAGUUUCUGCUUCAGACAAUUGCAUCAUAAUUAAGAAAUAUUAAAGUUUCUUUUUCUUUUUUUUUACUUGUAACAAAUUUUAAAGCAUGUGUGCUACUAAAAAAUGAAAUUAAAGCUCACCUAGUCAGUUGAAACAAAAUGUGCGGAGCGCAGGAUAAGCAGUGGAUGAGGUAAACAGAAUACCUAUGAUUUUUCAGUUUUUUAUUAACUUUUUCAAAUAUUUCAAAUUAAUUGGACAUCUGCAUACUUGAAAAAGGAGUGUGAUAGCGGCAGCUUAUUCUAAGGAAUAGCCAGGUACAAUACUAUUUUGUAUGAACUGUUCUCAAGAAUCUGAAAGGGGCAAACUAAAACCUUCUGUUUCCAGUCUUAUGCACUUUUGUUAGUGGCUGUACGUGCUUAACUGGAGUUUGAACAUCCCUCCAUUUGACUCGCACUCCUGCUCCUGGCACUUCAUUAGAUCAUAUUACCUAACUUCUGUAACCUAAUGUAACAUCGUGUAACCAUCCUCAGUGUAUAUCAUACCUUCUUUGAUCACAUUAGGCUGGUAUUACAAUUUGAUCCUCACAUUAUUUAUUACUUUUCUUUUAUAAAAGAUCUUCUGUUUUUAUUAUGUCUGAUGGGAACUAAGAGGUGGGGUAAAAAAUGUUUUUACCAUUAGAGAAAAGUCUUUAAAAGUUGGAGGUCAGGAACCCCAAUUAUUUAAGAGAGAGUAAAUGACACUGUGUUAAGUUUGCAUAUAGUGUAUUAUUUUAAUGGAGUCAGAUUACCCAGCUAUGAGAAUGUGCUGGCAGUGGCUGGCCCAGCCAGGCAGGCGAUGUACGAAACAAUUCGUUGUUUAAUUAAAUUGUAUUCUCAUUUUAUGUAAAUGCUUGUAAUAAAGUGCUUUAUCAGAUUCGA